CCACGCGCGCCGCCGCGCUCCCGGGGACCGUUAUGGGCUGGGUCACGCGCCUGCCCGCCUGCCUUAGGAGCCGGGAGCAUGGAGGAGCCUGGCAUGUCUCAUGAAUCAGCAGAGGAUUUGUUUCAUUUCAAUGUUGGGGGCUGGCAUUUCUCAGUUCCCAGAAGCAAACUUGCUCAGUUCCCAGACUCCCUGCUGUGGAAAGAGGCUUCAGCCUUGACCUCUUCAGAAAGCCAGAGGCUGUUCAUCGACAGAGAUGGUUCCACAUUUAGGCACGUGCACUAUUACCUCUACACCUCCAAACUCUCCUUCUCCAGUUGUGCAGAACUGAACUUGCUCUAUGAGCAAGCACUGGGUUUGCAGUUGAUGCCUUUGUUGCAGACUCUAGAUAAUAUGAAGGAAGGGAAACACCACCUACGUGUGCGGCCUGCAGACAUACCUGUUGCUGAGAGAGCAUCUUUGAACUACUGGCGAACAUGGAAGUGUAUCAGCAAACCCUCAGAAUUUCCAAUAAAAAGCCCAGCCUUCACAGGCCUACAUGAUAAGGCACCUUUGGGGCUCAUGGACACACCACUGUUAGACACAGAAGAGGAAGUGCACUACUGUUUCCUGCCGCUAGACCUGGUGGCCAAGUAUCCGAGCCUAGUAACAGAAGACAACUUGCUGUGGCUGGCUGAGACUGUGGCCCUGAUCGAGUGCGAGUGCAGCGAGUUCCGCUUCAUUGUGAAUUUUCUCCGCUCACAGAAGAUUUUACUACCAGAUAAUUUCUCCAACAUAGAUGUGUUAGAAGCAGAAGUAGAAAUUCUGGAAAUCUCUGAGCUCACUGAAGCUGUAAGGUUGUACCGGAUGAACAUGGGUACCUGUUCCCGGACCUCUUGUCCUCCUCCAAGCCCUGGGAAGAGGAGCCAUGCAGCCAGCCUGGAGUCAGUGAAGCCAUUGUACAUGAUGGCCCUGGGUCUGCUGGUCAAGUAUCCAGACUCUGUGCUGGGACAGCUCCGCAUCGAAAGCACACUGGAUGGAAGUAGACUGUACAUCACCGGGAAUGGGGUCCUCUUUCAGCACGUCAAGAACUGGCUGGGGACUUGCCGGCUGCCCUUGACCGAGACCAUUUCCGAGGUAUACGAGCUCUGUGCCUUUCUGGACAAGAGGGACAUCACCUAUGAGCCAAUGAAAGUGGCUCUGAAGACUCAUCUGGAGCCAAGGACUCUGGCACCCACGGAUGUGCUCAAUGAGGAAUGGACUGCCGAGAUCACCGUGUAUUCCCCCCAACAGAUCAUCAAAGUUUAUGUUGGAAGCCACUGGUACGCCACCACCCUGCAGACCCUGCUGAAGUAUCCAGAACUGCUGUCCAACCCUCGGAGAGUGUACUGGAUCACAUAUGGACAAACCCUGCUCAUCCAUGGGGAUGGCCAAAUGUUCCGACAUGUUCUCAACUUCUUGAGACUUGGAAAACUGUUUUUACCAUCUGAAUUUAAGGAAUGGCCCCUCUUCUGCCAGGAGGUGGAAGAAUACCACAUUCCAUCCCUCUCAGAAGCCCUUGCACAAUGUGAGGCAUACAAGUCAUGGACUCAGGACAAAGAAUCUGAAAAUGAAGAAGCUUUUCCCAUCAGGAGGCUGCAUGUGGUGACAGAAGGGUCAGGGUCACUGGUGGAGUUCAGUAGAGGAGCCAAAGAAACCACAACCUGUACACCUGUGGACUUCCAAGACUGCAAUGACAGGACUCCAUGGAACAAAGCCAAGGAGAACCUGGCCAGGUCCAGCCAGAUGGAGGAGGCUGAGCAGUACACCCAGAGCAUCCAGGUGUCCCUAUGCCGAAAUGCCAAGAGGGCAGGCAACCCCAGCCCAUACUCACACUGCCCUGGCUUGUGUGCCAACCCCAGACACUGGGGGGGCCACAGUGAUAGUCCCUCCAAGAAGUGCACCACAAUAAACCUCACACAGAAAUCUGAAACCAAAGACCCUCCUGUCACACCCAUGCAAAAACUGAUCUCCCUAGUGAGGGAGUGGGACAUGGUCAAUUGCAAACAGUGGGAUUUCCAGCCUCUGACAGCUGCCCAGAGCAGCUCCUUGGAGGAGGCUGCCCCGCAGCUCCCCUUGGGAAAUGAGCCUGCUUCUCAGCCCAGCACCUCAGCUACCUGGAAAGCCCAUUCUGAGAAGGAUCCAGGUCUGCAGGCAGGGGCUGGAGCUGAAGCGAAAGAAAAGGGGCCAGAAUCAACAUUUAAGCCAUACUUAGCCAUGAAAAGAGCUGUCGCCUUGAAGGACUGGGGCAAACAGAGGCCAAAGGAGAGAGAAAGCCCUGCCCCUAAGCAGCCUCUGCCUGAGGCCAGAGAGGUAGACAGUACAGGGGUCAUCCUCAAAGUGACUCACCCCCCUGUGGUAGGCAGCGAUGGCUCCUGCAUGUUCUUUGAGGACAGCAUCAUCUACACUACAGAGAUGGACAACCUCAGGCAUAUACCACCCGCAGCCAGCCCCUGUCCCCAAGAAGUGACUUUCCUGAGUUUCUCUCUGUCCUGGGAAGAGAUGUUUUAUGCACAGAAAUGUCACCACUUCCUGACCGACAUCAUCCUGGAUUCCAUCAGGCAAAAGGACCCCAAAGCCAUUACAGCCAAGGUGGUCUCCUUGGCCAACCAGCUGUGGACCCUGCAUAUCAGCCCCAAGCAAUUCGUGGUCGAUUUGCUGGCUAUCACCGGCUUCAAGGAUGACUGGCACACACAGGAACGUCUGUACAGCUGGGUGGAGCUCACACUGCCUUUCGCCAGGAAGUAUGGCCGCUGCAUGGACCUGCUCAUCCAGAGGGGCCUGUCUAGGUCUAUCUCUUGCUCCAUCCUGGGCAAGUACUUACAAGAGGGCUAGGGCACUCAGAGACCUGCCCCGCAUGCCCCCCCACAAGGCGCAUUUUAACUGGGGGUUUCCCCAGAAUGUGUGUGCCCACCCAAGGGUUGAUGUCACUCUAUUUUUUUUAUUAUAAACAAAUAAAAGAAUAAACCAUGA